UCUAUAAUGUAUUAUUUAGAAUUAAUUUAACAUUUCAAAUUAAUAAAAAAUUUAAUAUCAUUUCUCUAAGUUAGAAUGCAGUAAAAUUUAAAGCAAAUUAAUAAAGAUGAAAUCAAGCACUUUUUACUAGAUGAAAAUAUACAAAUCACUCCUUAAUUUAUCAGUAAAAACUACAGCUUUAGUGAUAAAGAUACUUAAAAUACUUUACUUGAGCUCUUGAGGGAGAACUUCGAUUCUUUAUCAGUUAUUUAUUAGCUUCAAUUAUUUAGACCAAGACUACCUAAUAUUACUUAGAUCAUGAAGGAAGAAAAACUUUAUACUUAUUUAUGCGCCGAGGAUUCCCUAAAGGACAUUUCUAGUAUAAAAAUUUAAUGUCUCAAGAAAAGAUAUAAUCAACAACCUCCUAAACAAUAUUCAAUAGAAGAUUUAGCAAACUUAAUGAAAGGCCACAAUAUAUUUAAAGUAAAAGCAUAAACAUAGUAAAGCUAAAGUGUAAAUGGAUCAUAAUCAUAAUAAAGUAAGAAAAAGAAACCAGAUAGCCAUGAAGAAAUUUCUAAAAGUGAAUUUAAUAACUCUCAAAAAUUAAUUUCUGAAUACUUAUCAGCAGAUAAAUCAGAUAAAAGCAAAUAAGAUUCACAAUCACAUAAUAAUACACCAUAAUAGAAGAAUAUUAAUUUACAAUAAUAAAAAUUAAAAAUUGUUAAAAACCCAACAAAAUAAAAUUAAUAGUAAAAACAAUAGAUCCAACCAAUGGAAUAUGAAUAAGAUUCUGAUUGUAUGAUAAUAGAGUAGCCAUUUUGA